UAUGAAUCGCGUCUUUAUGUCGAAACAUGACUGAGGCGUAAUGAGAGAUUUAGCUAUUCUCGUACUCUCAUAAACAUUACAGUGUUAUGCUUGUGAUAAAACUUCCAUUACUCUUAGCAGUAAACAGGUCAUGAAUUCUUAUUACGGAAGCGUUGUACCGGCCCAUAUGCCGAUGAACGCCGGUCAGACGGACGGAUUUUACAACCCGGACGCCAAGGCAAUGGACAUGGGGGGCUACCAGCACGGGUCUCAGGGACUGUGUUACGACGGAGACGGGCUAAGCGGUCAUUAUGGCGGGGGCGGCGGCGGCUACCCCGGGAUCCACCAAGGUUAUGAUAAAAUGGACAGCGGCACCCACGGGAGAGUGAUGAACCUUUCGGCGAAGACAUUCCCGGGAUACGGGAAUAAUGGAUUUUAUUAUAACCAGAAUAGUUCUAUUUAUAGUUCGUGCAAUGUGAAUGUGAAUACAAGCUCUAAUGUGAACUCUAACAGUCCGCCGUCGGGAUUGAGCAAUCAUUUCGCCGACGACCGGCAUAUUCACGACAGAUUAGGAAAACCGGACUAUAUGAAGGAAGAAUCAUGUGUUCCCACCCCACCCCCUAAUAAUUUCUCUCCCCACGAACAAAGUUUUAACCAUAUAAACAAUAACCCGCCACCGCCGGCACACCACGGCGUUUCACCGGCGGAUAUGGUGCAUAAUAAUAUGAACACAUCACCGACGGCGAUGCCUCAGCACUGCAACGGAAUGAUGGGGAAUCCCUACCCCUGGAUGCGCCAACUUCCGGCGGAAAUAACGUAUGAGCAGAAACGUACCCGUCAGACGUACACGCGUUACCAGACGUUGGAACUGGAGAAGGAAUUUCACUACAACCGCUACCUUACCCGCCGUCGGCGGAUUGAAAUCGCUCACAUGCUGGGUUUAUCGGAACGCCAAAUAAAAAUCUGGUUUCAGAAUCGCAGAAUGAAAUGGAAAAAGGAGAAUAACAUACCCAAAUUGACUGGACCUGAUCGCUCAAAACCGGAAAACGAAUCGGACAGAUCACGUGAAAUGACGUCAUCAAUUCUUCAUGACGUAGACGACCCUUCGUGCUCUCCGUGAUUUCAGUGCUACAAUAUUUAAUUGGUCGUAAUAUUAUAGUAAAUCUAAGUUCCUGGAAAUCAACUUUCCCAGGCAUUAGAUCGUUCAGUAGAAGACGGAAUAGUCCGAGAACUCACGGACGAUGCCGAACAUUCACGGAGAGAUACGAGGACAGGUUCGGGGGAAUAUAUCGAGGGCACAUACAGCGAUGAAAAUACUGAAAAUACAUAGAAGCAGAAGUGUGCGAAUUUCUCGGAGUCGUGGUGUGCAGCAUAUUAUUAUCUCUACCUGGAACACAAUCUAAGCCAAAGAGAAAAGUUUAAUUAAAACUUUUGCUCUUGUUUUAUGCUCGAAAUUAGCUAUAUAUUUAAUAGUCAUUUUCAUAAAGACAUUAGCAGUAAACUAUUUGUCUCUUAAAAAAACUCAGGGUAUAUUAUUUGCUGUUUUAAGUUCAAUAGUACGUUAUUUCUUGUUUUGUGGAACAUGCAUAUAAAGUAUCAUAUUUUACCGUUAGAUAAAGAUUCAGUGUAUAAAAUUGUGUUGUAUCUUUGUUGUGAAAACGUAUAUAGAUUAAACUUCGAAAAAACGUUAAUUACAAAUCUCUAUUUAGUUAUCACUAUGGCAACGUGUCAACAAUAGAUACGUACACGAAAAUUGAUUGAUUUUCCUUGUAACUUAAGGAAAUAAUAAAAGAAUAAAGGGACGAAUACAGUCACUAUUGAAUAAUUUGGUACUUGUAUAUAAUUAGCUAUGCCCGUUAUUUUCACUUAUCAUUAAGACAUAUUUUUUUAUUUGCAUUUAAAAUUAAUACAAGAAAAUCAUUUUAUAAUGUGUUUUCACAAUUUAGUUCACACAUAGCCGAAAAACCUUAUUAUUUGUAAAAAAAAAAUCUAAAAAAGUAUAUGCUUUCUAAAUCGUUCUGUCUGUAUACAAAGUUUAGGAAUCGCAUGAAGUGAGGAUAACCUCUUAUAGUUUUCUUUGCAUAAUUGUUCAUUUUGUUGAUGGCAAAUGUUACAUUAAAACAAAAGUUUAUUGUAGUUUAGACGGAUACACCUUAUUAAAUUACCUUUUUAUGACGCUAUAUAAACCCUUAAAAAAUACAUUGUUUACUUCUUUACAUGUAAAAUUUUACAUAAUAACGGCUUUUAUUUUUCGAAAGACGGUUUGGGUGAAAAUCUAGCAGGAAAGGCUCCGACACUUGACACAAAAAUUUAUUUUCAUAAGAUCAUUAAAUAUGUUUUAUUUUCUCUAUGGUUCAUUAUAUCAUAGAGGUCACUGAGUAAAUAUUUGUGGCAAUAAAAUUAAUGUCUUUUCAUGUAUAUUAUGAUUCUACUGCCCAUGUUUGUUUAAAUGUUUAAGGCAAUAAAUAAUGAA